AUGAACUUUAUUUUGGGCGACUUUAAUGCAGAGGUUGGAAUUGAAGAAACGAGAAACGUAACCGGAUCAUUUGGAUUAGGAAACAGAAAUGAGAGAGGGGAACGGCUCGUAGAAUUUUGCCAAGAAAAGCGUCUUCAAAUAAUGAAUACUUUGUUUUCACUACCACCACGAAGAUUGUAUACAUGGAAAUCUCCACAAGACAAUGAUGAAAAUAUUAUCAAAACCGAAUUAUCUACAAGGAUUACUAGUCAAUUAAGGCGUGUUCGAGGCGAAGAAAAUAUAUGGCAAUAUACAAAAACGAUACUUUAUGAUUCAGCCAAAAACAUUUUAGGGACUAAAAAAUAUGUUGCAAAGCAAAGAUGGAUGACACCAGAAAUCUUACAAUUAAUGGACCAGAGACAGCUUCGCAAAAGCAAGGAUGCUGCAGAAUACAAACAUCAUCGCGGCCAAAUUAUUAUUGAUAGUAACGAAAGAACAAAGCUCUGGGAAGAAUAUGUGAAAAAACUCUUUGAACACUGUGAACGAUCAACUCAUCUUCAAAUAUCCACAGAGCUGUCGGGGCCUCCAAUUACUAUGGAUGAAAUCAAAAGUGCUAUACGUUCAUCUGAAAACAAAAAAGCUGUUGGACCAGACGAUAUACCUGCCGAAAUUAACUGA